AUGGGUAAAAAAAAAAUUCCGCCGGAAGAUCUUCUCAUUCCACCACAGGAUCAAAGAAUUUGUGGUACGAUAUGCAUUUGUCAAAUGACGGCAGUUUUGAGUACCGUUGCUUUAGUGUAUUUGACAGUGGCUAUUUACGUUCCGUCAAUGAAAGCCUUUCAAUCAGGUAUAAGCGAAGUUCCAGUCAUGUGCACGACAUUGAGAGCCGUGAAUAACGAAACGUGCAAGUGGGAAUCUUGCGGAGAGUGGUGCCUGAGUAAAAGUUCUGGUGCGUGUAUACAAAUUAUUGUACAUUCAAGACGUAACGGAUCCGAUUUGCUUUUCGCUAACUGCACCAAUACGGCAAAUAAAACUUGUUACGGUAUCGAUCAAGAAAGUGCUGUAAAAUAUAGAUGCAUUGCCGAUGAAUGUAAAAAUUUGACGGGUACGUUUAAUUGCUCCGCAGGGGUUUGCAUAAAUAUCACGGAUGCUUUCGAAUGUGAAUUUAAAAUGACGGAUCCCCCUUCAAAGUGUUCGGGUAGAAGGGGUAAAAUAACAUGCAGUACUAUAGAAGGCCUUCAAUAUUGUGACCGUGGUACGUGCGAACGUAUUCGAACCCCGUACAAUUGUGACAGAAGAUGCGUGGACAUUCCUACUAGAAAUAAAAAUAUUAUUUUGCUAUCGGGCGACCAAGCGUAUUUAUCGCAAUGUCGUAAGGCGAUUGAUAUUGACUCAGAUCAAGAAAUUUGGAAUGAAAAUAACGGAAACAUUCUCAUGGCGUCUUGUUACAAAGUUACCAACACAUCUAACGGUGUGGAAGCGGUAGAUUGCAUAAAUGGAACUCUCCUCCCGAAAACUGCGUUGCAUGACGUCACCAAUUUUACUUAUUUAGCUUAUUUAAGCGUUUGGAGUUCGGUACCUUUGGACGAAAGAAAAUUAAUAGCUCCACCCGAACACGAGCUCAUAAUAGCAAAUGAAUCUAGAUUGAAAAUAAAUCUCGACGGUUGUGUUAAUACGCUGAGAGACGAAUGCAAAGAAUUUUUAAGGGAAUAUGGAAAAGAUGGAACGGAUCACAAUGCUCGCGCACGAUUUCCAUGCUAUUACUCGGAAAACAAUCCGGAUAUGGUUGUUGCAAGGUUCGAUUUGGCUACGACGUAUAAAGAAUUUUUAAUCGCAUCCGUUUUACCAUCAGUAUUGUUCGUUGUUUCCUGUCUGACUCUUUUAUUAUGUCAAAGAACCGUUGUUGUCGGUGACGAUGCUAAAAUGCGUUUUAAAUGUGCUAACAAUUCCCAAAUUAUCGGAAUUGAAAAAACCGCUUCUGGAAGCAUAAGAGAAGUCGGUUCCGCCAUGGCCCUUUGA